AUGGUGGUAGAGCUGGUCUUCACACACCACAUGAAGCAUGCGAUAGACCAUCUACUGACCAUGUCCGAUCCGUAUCGCCUGCCAGUCUGCGGGAUGGUCUACAACGUGGUGAACGGUAGCUUGCCGAACUGCCACGUAUUCGUGGACAUGUGGCCGAACUUUAAAUCUAUGGUAUGUGUACGUUCCUGCGAUGAAUACGGUAAGCCCGAGAUGGACUUCGCUACAUGGUACAGUCCAGACAUGGUCAGUUUUGAAGGGAUGUUCAGAAAAAUCGCCGACAUGCGGAAAUGGUUCAAUGGCGGCAGAGGUGUGAUCUUGCACUACGUCAACAGUGAGUGCAAACGGGUGCUGGCAAACGAGUUCAACGUACCACAAACUGCAAUCGCUUGCGAUUCGUACAGCCUUUACAGCUUUGACCUGCUCUUAAACGAUCACUCGGCGAUGGACGCACUCGACCGAAAAACACAACGAAUCGUGGACACUCUUCCUGAUGGAUUUGAGGUUGGACAGCUGCAAGCGAAAGACAUCGAAACAGUAGCCCGGUUCCAGGGUCGGAAAUUUCCCGAUAAAGUUAGCUAUUACCAGUGGCUCAUUCAACACCUACCAUCGGUGUGCGUCCGCAACUCAGAGGGACACGUGGUCGCCUGGAAGCUCACCUACGACAGUGGCACCAUGGGAGCGCUCUUCGUACUGCCUGAAUUCCGAAAACAAGGACUAGCACUGCUGAUCGCCGCUCGAAACCUCAAAGAAACGCUGACUAAAUACAACGCGAUCGCUGCCGUUGCCGAAAGCAACGAACCUUGCAAGACAAUGCUGCAAAACCACUUUCACGGCAAGGCUCUCGGCAUAGAAGUGUCAUGGAUAAUCUGUGAGUAA